CACCGCCCUCACUGGCCCUCGCACCUGCGCCUACACUUUCUUUGCGCUCCGCUCUGCCCGCACUGCUGCUGCUGCUGCUGCUCGCCAUGGUGCCUCCUCCGCAGCCGGGUGAUGCCGAGCCCCACGCUCCUCCCGGCGCCGGGCCCGGCUAUCUCUCUCCCUCCGACCUCACGCCCGGCCGCUCCGGCGCCGCCUUCGCCCUCGGCGCCGCGCCGUGGGACCCCGACGCGGGCGGCGCCACGCCGGUGCGCGGAUGGCCGGGCAAAUGGCCGCCGUGGGGACGAAGGCCGAAGCCUUCUGCGUCUGCUUCGCCUGCAGCAACGCAGGGGCAGAGACAUGCAAAGUGGGCUUGCAGAGCGACGGGCCCGUGUGAGAGCUGUCCGAGGGACGAGCCGCUGCCGCCGCCUUAGACAACAAGGCGCCAUUAGGACUCGCCGAACGCUCUUUCUUUGCCUCCUCCUCCUCCUCCUCCUCCUACUCGAUCGAUGCGGCGCAUCUGUCGAGAGCGUGGCCCUCGCAACAACAGCACCUCCCGCUGCCGCUGCCGCGGCUCGGCGCGCGUGCAGAGAGCGCAGUGACGAGUCGCGCCGGCUUUGAGACGUGUGGGCGCGAUCAGGCAGAGGCGGCGAG